AUGAAUGGAUGUGAAAAGUUUCACAAAUGGAUACAACAGGAGGUGAGGCUUGUUGUUGGUGUCGACAAAGAAGUCAAAAAGCUUAGGAGCAAUCUUGAAGCUAUUCAAGCUGUGUUCCUUGAUGCAGAGGAAAGACAACUGAAGGAGAGAUACGUCAAACUUUGGUUAGAUCGGCUCAAGGACACGUCUUAUGACAUUGAAGAUGUUUUGGCUGAGUGGCACUAUGCCUUGUUGAAACAGCAAAUUGAGGAGGUUGAAAACAACCUUUUUCCUUCUAAGAAGGCAUGUUUCUCCUUUCCCUGCUCUUGCUUUUCUAUCAAACAAGUUAGGUUACGUCAUGAUAUUGCGAUCAAGAUAAAGGAAGUAAAUGAAAAUUUAGAUGUGAUUGUGAAACAAAAAGAUAUGUGUAAUUUUAAUGUGAUUAGAAUUGUUGGGAAGUCUGAACGAGUACAAAGUACCUCAUUUGUUGAUGUGUCCGAGAUAUAUAGUCAAGUUGAGGAUAAGAAUACUUUGAUAUGCAUGUUGUGUGAGAGUCGUGAACAACACCCUCAUAUCAUCUCUAUUAUAGGGAUGAGGGGAAUCGGUAAGACAACUCUUGCUCAAUUUGCUUCCAAAGACAAUCAGGUGAUAAACAACUUUGAUAAAGUAAUGUGGGUGUGUGUGUCAGAACCUUUUGAUGAAUAUAAGAUAGCCAAAGCAAUCAUUGAGGCUCUAGAAGGUUGUACUUCGAAUUUAGGUGAAUUGGAAUCGCUUUUUCAGCGUAUUAGUGAAUCAAUUGCUGGAAAGAAAUUUCUGCUUAUCUUGGAUGAUGUGUGGUCAGAUGACUACAAAAAAUGGAAACCAUUAUAUCAUUGUUUAAAGAAUGGUCUUUGUGAAAGUAAAAUUUUGAUAACUACACGUAAGGAAUCAGUGGCACAUAUGAUGGAAUCAAUUGAUAUUAUUGCUAUCAAAGAAUUGCUUGAUGAAGAAUGUUGGUUGUUGUUUAGGUGA